CCACCCACCCCAUAGCAAAAGCCAUCAGACCACUGCGCUACCCAUGCCUCCCCCAUUGUCAUUGCAUAGACAGUAGCAACAGUUAACUCUUCUUCUCCCUCCCUCGCAUAUUACUCUCUCUACCCUCUUUUGCAAGAUCUCUUCGUCGUCUUCUCUUUUCCCUUUUAACUCCACCGCAAUCCCUCUUUUGUCACGAGCCAAGCCGAGAGCCGCAAAAGCAAGUACAGCACCACCAAAAGAAGGGCGCCGCUUGUGCCAAAGCUCGGAUUCUCCAUUCCCGUCUAUUUUACCCCCCCUCCCCACCGAUUCACCGGCGCGAGAUCCACACGCAGGUGUCGGCGGCUCGCAAUCCCCGGGAAAGAUGGCGCCUUUCUGAGCCUCCUCCGGGGAUUUCUCGUCGUUUCUUGGCUCCAAAGCGGCGGCUUCCAGCGGCUCCGGCCAAUUCUGCUGAGGUGGAGGCAGUGGUUUUAGGGCUCGAUCCGUUGUGCGCGGGUGUCUGGCCCGGUAGGGUGCGGUGGUUCUCGGCGAGUUCUUGAGCUGGUUGCGGCGCUUAUUCCUCUUCUUGGAGCUAUUCGAUUGGUUUGGGGGGAAGCUGAUUCUUGCGACCGAGGGUCCAGCGGGCUGUUGCUGCGGCUCUUGUGGUGGAUUUUUUUUUGAAUUCGAUUGGGUGAUAUGGGGUCCUUGCCGUCCCUGGAUUGAGCAUUCCGACCGGAUUCUUGCGGGCUUCCAUGGCGGAUUUGGGGCUGUGGAAGCAGGCGUGGAGGUGGGUGCUGUCCCAGAAGCACAUCCUGGCGUGGGCGCACACGGCGGCGUGCGGCAGCCGGGAGCGCCUCGCCUUCCUGGUCGAUCGGCACUGGCCGGCCGUGUCCCGGGCCUGCGCGACCUCCUCGCGCCUCGCGCUCGCUGCGCUGCGGCAAUGGCGCGGAUGUAUGGCGCGCGGCGUGCUGGCGGUGGCGAGCCUGGGCCCUGCCGCGGUGUUCGUGAUCCUCUGGAGCUUCUUCGUGUGCAUGACCUCCCCGGCGUGGGCUCUCUUCGCGCUCCUUAGCCUGGGGGCUGCUGGUGCAGUUGUUCACUAUAUGGGCUACACACCUGGCCUUUUCAUUGUUGGGCUGUUUGGGAUAUUGAUUAUGUGGAUGUAUGGCUACUUUUGGAUUACAGGAAUGCUUCUAGUUGCUGGAGGUUGUAUGUGCUCUUUGAAACAUGCUCGAUAUGUGAUACCGAUUUUGACCACAUAUGCUAUUUAUUGUGUGGCUGUUCGUGUUGGGUGGCUUGGAGUCUUCUUGACACUCAAUCUUUCGUUCUUGACAAAUGAUCUUCUUAAUAAGUUACUGCAAGGAUAUGAGGGAUGCACCGAAGAAGAACAAUUCGAAGAUAUGAAGGAUUCUGAUCCAGUUAUGGAUGAGUUCUAUCGUAGCUGUGAAUUCCCUCCGACUCCUGACAGUGAACCUGAGACUGUAUCUUCUGCAAAGCCAUAUUGCUCAGCACCCACCCAAGAUGUCUUACAUGUACAAAAAGAGGAACCUCCUAGUAAAGUAGUGAAAUCUGAUUCUAGUUCAUUGGAUGAGAUUAAGAGGAUAAUGGAUGGUUCGAACUAUUAUGAAGUUUUGGGCAUACCUCGUAACAGAAGCAUUGAUCAAAAGUCCCUGAAAAAAGAAUACCACAGAAUGGUCCUGCUUGUACAUCCUGAUAAAAAUAUGGGAAAUCCGUUGGCUUGUGAGUCAUUCAAAAAGCUUCAAUCAGCUUACGAGGUCCUCUCUGAUUUCACAAAGAAAAACAGCUAUGAUGAACAGCUGAGGAAAGAAGAAUCACAGAAUAUGACCCCAAGAUCACGCGUUGUCUCUCAACAGAGUGGGGUAGAGUUUCUUUCCGAAGAGUCCAGGCGUAUACAAUGCACUAAGUGUGGUAAUUUCCAUAUAUGGAUAUGCACCAAGAGAAGUAAAACAAAAGCAAGAUUCUGUCAGGGUUGCGAUCAGUUUCAUCAGGCCAAGGAUGGAGAUGGAUGGGUUGAAACCAGAUUUUCAACCUCCGUCAAGAUGGAAAUACCACGAGCUUUUGUUUGUGCUGAGAGCAAAAUAUUUGAUGUGUCUGAGUGGGCUACCUGCCAGGGAAUGGAGUGUAAGCCUAACACUCAUGGUCCAACUUUUAUGGUGAACAUGGUCGGAGCAGAUAGGAUGCCUCAGAGAUCCUACAGUUCCCGGUAUCCCUUCAGCUUGGAUGCAGAGAUGAUCCCUGAAGAUGAAUUUGAGCUGUGGCUUCAGCAGGCAUUGGCAUCAGGUGUCUUUGCUGACAGCCCGAAGCGCAGGAAAAGCUGGAGUCCGUUCAAGCUGCCCCAAAAGGGGAUUAAAAGUUGGCGGAGAUCAUCAUGAGGGUAUGGCAUUAUGCAGCAGGGUCGGGCGACCACGCAUUGGAAUGAAGGCAAUAAUGCAAGGCCUCGUGAAUGUAAAUAGACUGACCAACAAUUUGCCUGGACGGGCAACUAAUUUUUGUUCGAAAGGAGAAACAGGACGUAAAAGGAACACUCGAACGAAUAGGUGUGACAAGUCUCACUAUUGAACUUGGUUCCCUCUGCUAACAUCCAACGAGUUUAGCUGCGAAGCAGUAUGCUGUUCGUCGUAUAUUCAAAAACACUGGUGGUUCUGUUGUGUAUUAAUUUCACUAUUUCAGUAGUUUAGGGAUCGACAUUUGGAAGACUGCUGAAACAUCAUGCCUGGACUGUAAGAAGGUUGAGAUAUGAAGGGAUGUUUAUGUUACAUCAAUGUAGUAAUUUCUGGUAUCAUCUUCUGGUGAAGUGAAGGAAAUGACAGUAGAAUUUGGCUGUAAAUACACUAACAGCUUCCACCUGGAAUUCACUGCUUGUAACAUUGUAUACCGAUGAAACCUAAUCCUGUGAGAGACUUGCGUAAUCCAGGUCUCUGCUGUAACACUGACAUCAUGCUCUGUAACGUCCUGGUGAUAAUAUAGGUCUAAUUCUGGACUAUAA